AUGUAUAUGUAUCAGUAUUUAACAUUAUCCUUCUUGCUCUUCAGCUUGAUUCACCAUGGACUGGUGAAGAAUGAGAUGGAGGUAGGUAGGGAGAAGUCAACACAAGAGUGUGGUAUUCAUGCAGAAAAAUCAACUGUGAACGAGGAUAACUCAUUUGGCAGCAGGUAUCAUUGUGGUUUGGGGGAAAAGGAAUUUCAUAUAUAUGUUUCUAAUUUCUGCCUACAAAGCUUUCCUUCAAAAUACAGACUCAUAAUGCAUGUGUUUAUGCAUAUUGAUGGUGUGCAACCUCCUUUGUAUGUUUGUAAAUGGUGUGGUGAGGUAUUUUACAGUAAUGUUAGCUUGAAAAAACAUUUGAGAACGAGUGAGAAUUAUCAAGUCUUAACUGCUGGCAACCAUGAAAAUUAUGGUUGUAGUGAUAAGCAUCAUAGCAGUAUCUUCUUGGAUGGUGAGCCAGAUGUUUCUGUCAGAGAACACAAUGAGCAUAAUUCAUAUAAGGAAACUUGGAAAGCUUCAAAGAAGUCCCCUAAUGAUAUAUAUAACACACAUACGGCAAACGAUGCAGAGAAAACAAGUGGUUAUGGAACUUUACCUACAGCUGUUAAUGUCAGUGCCGACUUUGUUGUACUUAGUGCAAACAGAACCCACAAAUGUGAUAUUUGUGGCAAAUCAUUUGCCACCUCGCGUUAUCUCAAGAUACAUAUGCUAUUUCACACUGGAAAGAAAUCUCACAAGUGUGAUAUUUGUGGCAAAUCGUUUGUUUUGUUGGGUAUUCUCAAGAGACACAAAUUAGUGCACACUGGAAGGAGACCUCACAAAUGCGAUAUUUGUGGCAAGUCCUUUGCUGUGUUGUGGGCUCUCAAGACAUACUCAUUAAUUCAUACCGGAAAGAAACCUCACAAAUGUGAUAUUUGCGGCAAAUCUUUUGCUACAUCUGGUUAUUUCAACAAACAUGUUUAA